CGUGUUUAUUAAAGCGCUGUUUGUGUAUUCUCUUUCAAUAGCUAGAUCAGUUGAUGAAAUAUAUUGGAAUAUUGUGUUUACUGUAACUUAUAAUAUUUAAACUGGACAUAUUUACAAUUUUAACAUCCUUAUAUUUUGUUUUACAGUUAACUUUUAAAUUCAUAAAACGAUGGUUAACGACGCGUGUGCUCGUAUCAAAAUUUGUAUCUUGUACAUGUUGAUUAAUGUGUGUAAACCUGCCAUUGGUCAAACUUGUCCAACCUAUUGCUCUUCUUGCGACCAAACCCAAGGACCAAAUCGGUGCACAUCCUGUGUGACAGGAUACUUCUUAUCGAAUACUGCCUGCAUAUCUUGUACGUACAUAGGUACAAACUGUGUUACAUGCAGCAAUAAAACACAUUGUGGAGAAUGCAUGCCAGGGUUUUGGGACAUAAAAUGCGGAACAGUUUGUCGAGACGGUUGUAAUACCGCAACGUGUAGUCUGUUGGAUGGGUCUUGUACCUGCAAACAAGGUUUUUAUGGAUCGACAUGUCAAGUUCCGUGCUCUCAAAACUGUCUCACAGAAACUUGUGGAUCUAACGGUGAAUGUGGUUGCAAAGCGGGGUUUUAUGGUAGCUCAUGCAAAGGAAUAUGUUUUGAGACCUGUGAAGAUUGCACCGAUGCCACGACAUGCUCCCUUUGUCCGCAUGGAAGGUAUGGAACACUGUGUGGUGACUCAUGUCAGUGUAGCAGUAGAUGCGACAUAAUUACUGGUGCAUGUGAAGAUGAAACAUGUCCAAAUUCUUGCAUAGAAUGUGUUGACAGUGAAAACUGCAGUGAGUGUGUUCACGGUUGGUAUGGUAAAAAUUGUAACUAUACGUGUUCCAACAACUGUAAUGGGAGAUGUGAGCAAUAUUCCGGAAAUUGCAAAGCGUGCUAUCAUGGCUUCUUCGGACCACAAUGUGUCGAUCAAUGCAUAAACUGUCGUGACAGUAUAUGUAACCAAGCGGGUGAAUGUACUUCGUGUUUUGAGGGGAAAUUUGGAUUAUUUUGUAAUAACACAUGUUCUUAUGACUGUGUUGAUAAUACUUGCAACCAGAUGGACGGAUCGUGUCAUCAUCUGGUUCAAUGCCCUAAGAAUUGUGUUACCUGUAAAGACAAUGUUACGUGCACAAAAUGCGAAAACUCUUUUUACGGCUUUCUAUGUACAUUUGAAUGUAGCAGUACGUGCAAAGGCGGAAAUUGUGAAUUAGAAUCUGGUCGUUGUGGGAACUGCGAAUCAGCAUAUUAUGGAAACUUUUGUGAAAAAACUUGUUCUGAGAGCUGUGCACAUUCCAAAACAGAAUCAUUAUGCGACUCGAUAGGAAAGUGCAACAACGGAUGUAUUGAUGGUUUCAUUGGCGAUACGUGUACUACAGAAGCCGGUAAACAAUCACCUGUUGGCCCGGAAGAAGGAACUGGCUCUAGUUCGGUGAUCGUUGGAGCAGUUAUUGGUGCUCUUGGCGUUUUUGUUGUUGUAGCACUGGUGGUGGUGUUAGUAUUGAAGAGGAAAGGGAUUAUUUGGAAGACGCAGAAGAAGACAUAUGAAGACAUUUCGCCAGAACAGAACCAGGAUAAACCGUACACAACGUUAGAAGAGACAAUCACGUCGUCGUAUGAGCUUCCCGAUUCUGAACCAAGGUCCGGAUCGCGUAACGAAGGAACAGACGAUGGUGUCUACUACAAUGACGAAAAGGCAUAUUACAAGAAUGUAGGGGGACAUGUGCAGAGGACAUGAAAAAUUACGAUAGAAUUAAUGACUAUGACCAGUUCUACCAUUGUUAUAAAUCGACGACGUAUACAACAGAAACAUUAGAGGACAUUAGCAGAAAACAUGACCAUUGACAAAUACAUGCUGUGGAUAUUGCAUGCAUUGUUUGGAUUUGAACCAUGUACCUCUAAACUAAGACUGGGUUGUAAGAUCAUAAAGCUUUGCACCAUACUCAUUUAACUUUGCCGUUAUAACCCUUUGUAUGCUUAGUCUUGAAAUAUAUCACGAUUUGUCGAUGCGAAGAAUAAGUUAGACGCAUUAUGUUCAAUUCAUUUUUACUAAGACAUAUUUGAUCUAUGACAUCGUUUCUAAAGUUAUAAAUAGAUAUCUAGCAAGCAAUGGGAAAAUAAUGGUCUCCUGAAGUGUUAUACCUUAAAGAAAACAUCAUAGAUGAAAACAAACUCAAAACAACAAUUUAUUUGCAUGCUGUGUUUGUAUUUUGAUUGUAUAAAAAAUAA